CUAGCCAAACUAAAGAGAAGUUUGUAUCAAUCGUUGGGGAGAUGCAAGUGCCUGUCAGCUUCCUGCUCAAAUCUUUUCCUUAUAAGUAUAUAGUAUAUACUAAAGAUGACAAACAGAAACUUUACUGGGAAUACUCUGAAUUCCGUGAUGAGUAUCCUGACACCAUUGUAGAUCGUGAUUUGUUCCUAAUGGAAAAGUAUAAAACAAAAAAUGCCAUUUAUCAUCAGUAUGAUGGAGUAAUUUACAAAAAAUCUCAACAAACCAAUAGAUGGAAUCCUUUAACUUGGAUAACAAGUACUUGGCAUAAGCGUGAACAGUUCUUCAAGAACAGACUUCAUGCAGCUGAGACAUUUCUUCCAAAGUGGAAAGGUUUUGUUGUGCAUGGGGAAUAUGAGCAGAUGUCAGCAAAGGAGGCCAUCGAAAAGACACAGGCAAUAUCAAGAUGUUUAAAAAAUGUUUCCAUUUGUCUUGGUAAUCAUCCAAUAAAAAAGUCAUUUGAUGGUUUAGACUUCGGUGAGAUCCUAAAAGACUUCUUAAAACCUAAAUUGGAAAAUAAUGCCAAGAUAAGAAAUAAGGAUCUUGAGAGUUCACCAGUUCGUAUAGACUGUCUUGUAUCAAGCCUGGCAAUUACACAUCUCAUUGCCCAUUACAAGAUGGAUCUUACAUAUCUCCAGCUCAAAGAUAUCUUACAUUGCCUCGUGAUAAAAGGUAAUGGUAGUGGUGGGUGCGACUUUGACGAGAUUGACAAGCACUUCCCUGAAGAGAUGUGGAGUGAUCUUGUAAAGUCUAUCCUCCACCUAAUGAAAGCUGCCAAGGACAAGCAUAAUUAUUAUUCUUGUCCAGACAUCAUCCUUGCUGUUCCUCUUCUUCAUUUUCUACGCAAAGACUCAAAACCAUUUGAAGAGCUUGAUGUGACACACCCAAAAUCUGCAGGAAAAUGGUGUCAUGCAGAAGGUCUACCGGAAAACAAAACUUACAACAGGCUUUCUGGCCACAUUGCCUUUCCUGUAYACGAGAUUUGCACAGCUCUAUUCUACAAAGUACGAAGUGGAAAUAUCUUCUCAUCAAAG